GUAAUAAAAAAUACCUAUAUUACAAAAAGUACGAAUUUUUUAUUCUAUUGCAAAUAUAUGUAGAAAAAGUAACAUAUAGAAACAACAUAACAUCGCAGCUCUACAUGUAACUCAUUCUUAUGAACAUGAAAAAAUACUAAGUUUAUAUACACAGUAAACGCUUAAGAAAAAUGAUAUGAUAACAGAUAAUAAUAGGCAUGAGUAAAUAUCCUAACAUUUUAUAUACUAAUUUAUAGACUAAAUAUAUUACUAUUAUUAUACUACUAUUAUUAUUAUAUUACUAUACGUUAUACUAUUGAGAUGGCAACUAAGUGAUUGCGAGUUUUAUCAUUAUCACUUAAUGAUAAAAUCCGUAAUCAUGUAAUUAACAACCCAAUACUUAGCAUGGAUAUGUGCAUUUAAUGCAUGUUGUGAUUAAAAGGAAUCCAAUUGCACAUUUACUUUAAUUGAUCUUAUUAAACCUUUUUAAAAAUGAUAAAAACAUUUAUAUUUCUUGAUUUGGAAACAACUGGAUUAAUUACAAAGAAUUAUAUGCCAAAAAUCACAGAAAUGUCAUUAAUUGCAGUAUCAAGAACUGCUUUAUGCGAUACUACAAAUAUUUUACCAAGAAUUUUACAGAAACUUGUUUUACCAAUACAUCCAAAUGUACCUAUUUCAAAGGAUAUUCAAAAAUUGACAGGCAUAUCCAAUGAAAAUUUAAAAGAAUUUCCAUGUUUUAACUGUGACAUAUAUAACUUAGUAAUGAAUUUUAUAAAUCGAUUAGCACCACCAGCUUGUUUUAUAGCUUAUAAUGGAAAUAAUUAUGACUAUCCAAUAUUUUUAUCAGAAUUCAAAGAUAUUGAGAAGAAUUUCAGUGAAAAUGUUUUAAGCAUUGAUAUGAUGCAUCUUGUCAAAGAAUUUUUCUCCCAUAAACAAAAUCUAAUAAAAGAAAUGGAUAUUGUACACCCUACUGUUAGUAGUUCCAAUUGUACUGAAGUUAGUAUUUUAUUGAAUGAUGGUUAUGAUAAGAUUUUAUCUGAUGCAUUAGAUUCUAUUAUGGAUGCAAAUCUUAAUGAGCAUAACAAAACUAACACUCCAACUAAGAUUAAAGAAACAGCAGUUCAUUUGGAUAGUGUAUUUAACACUCCACAAACUAGUUACUGUAAAAAGAUACAAAAAAUCAAUGAAAAGACACCUGAGAAUCAAAUUAUAAAAUUACAACACUGUGAUGAAAAUUUUCAGGGUAGAAGAGGAAGUAAUAUAAGAAGACAAUUAGAUUUUACAAAUAGUCGGCCCAUUAAUUUUAAAUUGGGUAGUGUUUAUAAACAUAUUUUUGGUAAUAACCCUGAAGAUGCACAUAGUGCAGAAGGUGAUUGUCUUACUAUGAUUCGCUGUGCUAUCAAAUUAGGAAAUUUCUUCUUAGAAUGGGCAGAUUGCAAUGCAGUACCUUUAAUUAAUUAUAUCAGCAAAUAAAAUAUAUUUGUUGAAAGAGUAACAUUUUUUUUUGAUAGUAUUCUGUUUUUGAUUCCACUUAAGGAAAUGUAUCUAUUAGAUGUGUACAUGUAUUGGAUUAUAUCAAAAUCUUCUGAAAAUUGUUCAAAAUAUAAAUUUUAAUAAAUAUAUUGUGAAUUUUGGAAGUGAUAAAUGUAAUUAUAAAUUUAAAAAUUUAUUUUACAAUGUAUAAAUAAGAAUUUAUAAAGCGUCUAAAAAUUUUUUUAUAAUAAUAGAAUACACAUAUGUAUAUAAUAAUAAUAAUAAUAAUAAUAAUAAUACUUAAUAUUUUUUCACACUAUAGACACUGAUUUCUUUAGUAUAUAUUUUCUUAACUUAGGGAUAGUUAUUUUAGUGGAAUAUCUACGUGAAAAAAUAAGUCGAAUUAGAUAGGAUAAAAUCUUUUUAUAUAACACUUUGUCUCUGAGAAAAUCGAAAUUGAAAAUUUGUGAAGUAUACUUUAACUUGGCUAAGUACUCACUAGGUAUGAACAAACAGUCAAUAGAAAGUUAUUAUACAUGUGAAAAUAGGUCAAAAAUGUAAAAUAAACUUUUUUCAUUUAAGACUUCAUUUUUAAGAAAACAAAGUGUAAACAUGUUUAAUUACGAAUUGGUCUGAUAAACGCGCAGGGUACAUUUUUAAAUUUGCUUUUUUCGAAAAUGAAGCAUCUUAUAAAAAAAUUUUACUCUACAUUUUUGUUUUAUUUUCGAAUGUAGUUUAAAUCACUGUUAAUUAUUUACUCUUGAUCAAUCCGGAAUUAGCUAAGUUAAAGUAUAGUUGUUAUAAUUUUAUUAUAAUAUAUAUAAGAUAUAGAUAAUAAUGAUAAUAUAUAUAAUAUAUAUUAUAAUAAGAAUAUAUAUAUGUAGUAUUUUAUUACAACAAAUUUAGGGAAUAAAAUUAGAGGAUUACACAACCGCCCUGAUUUGUUUGGUCUGUAUCAUUGUUUCUCGCACCAAUUGUAAUUAUGUUGUCUAUAACACAUACAUAAUGACGUAAUUAGUACAGUGCGUUAUCAUUCUAAUUAUUGUUUUAUUAUGAUACCUAAUAUAUACCUGGGUUAGUUAUGUUAUUCUUUAGUGAUAACAAUUCCUCUGAGUUUACUGCAAUGUAAAAAAUAAUAGCUUUAGAUUUGACACAGACUAGCAGGACGUUAUCAUUAUGAAUAAUCAUUACCUAUUUCUCUAAAUGCUAUAUUUAUAAAUGUUUUAGUAAAGAAUUUGCAAAGAAGAUAUUUUACAUAUUCAUAUGGGACAAAAUCCACUUAUUUGUAUCAAGUUUUUACACUAGGUAUAGUUGCAUAAAACAAAUACCUAUUUUAAUAUAAUUUAACAUAUUUUAAACAACAUAACUUACGAAUAUAUUUGACCAAUAUAUAUUUAUCCGUUGCAUUCUUUUCAAUAUCUUUAAUGAUUUUUUUUAAACGUUGAGCUAUGUUAUACAUUUGUAUCUGGCUAAUUCUGGAUAAUAAAUUGUACUCUUUAUUCCAAUAA